UUUCAAUUUAUUUGAGUGAAUUAGCUUGAAUUAAUAACAUUCUACGUUCGUAGUCUGGUAACGUUACGUACGUUAAUGAAUUAUGGAGGUCGACGAAGCUAAGGACAGCGUGUCCGCGGAGCCACCGGCGUCAACUCCAACGAAGCUACCUCAAAAGCGUUUCUAUCGACAGCGAGCUCAUUCGAAUCCCAUCGCUGAUCACAGUUUCGAUUAUCCUGUCUAUCCCGAUGAUUAUGACUGGUCCCAGCACUACCCGUCGAUCGGUGAUCGGCGGGUGGAAUUCGCCGAUAUCGGAUGCGGUUACGGUGGAUUUCUGGUGACGCUGGGGGAGAUGUACCCGGAAAAGUUUACCGUCGGAAUGGAAAUUCGGGUUAAAGUGUCCGACUACGUGAUGGAUCGCAUCCACGCAUUGCGAAAGCUGAACGAAAGUAAAUACCAGAACAUUGCCUGCAUCCGAACGAACGCGAUGAAGUAUCUGGCCAAUUACUUCCACAAGGGUCAGCUGGAGAAGAUGUUCUUCCUGUAUCCGGAUCCACAUUUCAAAAAGGCCAAGCACAAGUGGCGGAUCAUCAAUUCGGCCCUGUUGAGUGAGUAUGGCUACGUGUUACGGAAGGGGGGUAUGAUCUACACGGUGACGGAUGUGAAGGAUCUGCACGAGUGGAUGUGCAAACACAUCGAACAGCAUCCGGCAUUCGAGAGGUUAAAUGCGGAGGAGGUGAAGCUGGAUGUGCUGUCGGAGAAAUUGCUCGACAGCAGUGAGGAGGGCAAGAAGGUGACCCGAAACAAAGGGGACAAGUUUGUUGCGAUUUUUAGGAAGGUUUGAAUAAUAGAUGUGGAUCAUCCA